AUGGCACAACAGUUUGAAGAAGACUAUGAAGAAGAAGUGUUGACAAGAAAGAAGAGCAAUGGAGUAACCCAUGGAUCUAACUCAGUAGGCCUGAAUGGCAAAACAGUCAAUAAUGAAGAUUGCCGUUUGGAGAUAGCCUUCCUGAUCGACAGCUCUGAGAGUGCCAAAGACAACCAUGCCCAGGAGAAGCGCUUCGCCACAGACGUGAUGGACCGGCUGCAGCGGGUGAAGCUGCAGACGGGUCGAGGCCUCAUCUCCCGCGCCGCUUUACUCCAAUACAGCAGUCACGUGAUCAUAGAGCAAACCUUCAAACAGUGGAGAGGCGUGGAGGACUUCAAAGCUCGGAUUGCUCCCAUCGUCUACAUCGGACACGGCACUUACACCACGUACGCCAUCACGAACCUCACCCAAAUUUACCUGGAGGAAUCAGAACCCAGCAGCAUCAAAGUGGCCAUCCUACUCUUCGACGGCAUCUCGCAUCCCAGAAACCCAGACAUAAGAAUGGCGGUGGAUGAUGCCAAGAAUCAGGGCGUCCGAUUCUUUACCAUCGGGAUCACUCCUGAGGCCAAUGAGCUCGCAAACAUCCAACAGUUGAGGUCCAUAGCGAGCAGGCCGGACACGCGCUACCUCCACAACCUGCAGGACCGAGGCAUCGUGGACAAAGUCAUCAAGGAAAUCACAACGCUGGCAGAUGAAGGGUGUCCGCUAGCCCUCAGUACGUGUGCGUGUGAGAAGGGUGAGAAAGGUCCGAGCGGCUCUCCUGGAAAGAAGGGUCGUCCUGGCGAGGAUGGAAGCCCCGGCCCUAAAGGACUAAAGCUGGCACAUGCACUUAAUGAGUGUCUUCCCUACAGGGUGAGAGUGGACUCAGCGGUCUUCCAGGUCGAGACGGAGCAGAGGGGAAACCAGGAUACAAAGGCGAGAGGGGGGAACGCGGAGAAUGUGGUGUACCUGGAAUUAAAGGAGACAAAGGCCCUGAGGGGACACUUGGGCCAAGAGGAAACCGUGGUCUUCAGGGUGUGUCUGGUCCUCCUGGUGACGCUGGCCCUGAAGGUCCAAUGGGCAAAAAAGGGGAACGGGGACUUCCUGGGCCACCUGGAAUUCAAGGUGAAACAGGGAUCGGCCUUCAGGGACCUAAGGGGGACAUCGGUUUCCAGGGGCAACUGGGGCCCCCGGGUCCACCAGGGUUGGGGGAGCCUGGAUCACCGGGGCCUCAAGGGCCACAGGGGGUUCAAGGAGAGAGGGGCCCUUCAGGAGAAGGUCUCCCCGGACCCAAAGGAGAACGAGGCUUUGAGGGGCCUCGGGGGCCCAGAGGACAACAGGGCCAAGGAAUCAAAGGUGACAAGGGGGAUUUUGGACCCCCAGGGCUUCCGGGGCCCAUUGGCCUCACAGGGGCAGGAAUCCAGGGAGAGAAGGGUGUGGAGGGUCCGCGGGGGCCACCCGGGACAAGGGGCCUUCCAGGGGAGGGCUUACCUGGGGCCAAGGGAGAUCAAGGAUUGCCCGGGGAGACGGGAGGCCCAGGAGAGAGAGGGGCUGGAGAUCCUGGAGCUAAGGGAGAACCAGGAGCACCAGGAAUCUCAGGAGUGCCUGGCCUGCCAGGGGAGGACGGAGCACCUGGACAGAAGGGUGAACUUGGAGCUCCCGGUCUCAGAGGGCUUGAAGGGGCACCUGGACUUGCAGGGCCUUCAGGACCAAAGGGAGAGCCGGGGUCUCAGGGGCGAGUGGGGUUCCCUGGUCCACCUGGACGCUUUGUUUCUGGACCUAAGGGUGACCCAGGCCCAAGUGGUCCACCUGGUCCAGUUGGGGAGACGGGCUAUGGACUUCCUGGCCCAAAGGGGGACCGUGGAGAUUCAGGAUCUGGGGGUGCACCUGGUCCUAAAGGAGACGGCUAUCCCGGCCCUGUGGGGCCUCCUGGUUUACCUGGACUUCCAGGAGAACCUGGACAAGAAGGCCUUGGCAUCCCUGGACCAAAGGGGGAUGUUGGCUUCCGUGGGCAGCCUGGUUUACCCGGACCCCCGGGCGAAGGCCUCCAAGGACCUCCAGGGAACACUGGCCGGCCUGGACCACCUGGGGGAGCUGGGGUCACAGGGGGUGACGGGGCCGAGAGGACUGCCUGGAGAUGGCUUUCCAGGAGCUAAAGGCGACAGAGGCUCAACGGGCGAGAGGGGGCAGAAGGGAUUCAAAGGAGAUUUAGGAGACCCAGGAACUCCAGGACUUUCUGGCCGGCAGGGGAUCAAAGGUGAAGCAGGCCUCACUAGAGAGGACAUCAUUCGGAUGAUCAAAGAGAUCUGUGGCUGUGGAGUCAAAUGCAAGGAACGACCUAUGGAGCUGGUGUUUGUCAUCGACAGCUCAGAGAGUGUGGGACCGGAUAACUUUGUAAUCAUCAAGAACUUUGUCAAUACCCUGGUGGACCGGGUCACCGUGGGACGAAACGCCACUCGGAUCGGCCUGGUCCUGUACAGCUUGGAGGUCAAACUCGUCUUCAACCUGGCCCGCUACGUGACGAAGCAGGACAUAAAGCAGGCCAUCCAAAACGUACCCUAUAUGGGCGAGGGGACAUACACCGGCACGGCUAUCCGGAAAGCCACACAGGAUGCCUUCUUCAGCUCGCGAGUCGGAGUCAGCAAAGUGGCUAUAGUUAUCACAGAUGGGCAGACGGACAAGAGAGAGCCGGUGAAGCUGGAUAUAGCCGUGAGGGAAGCACAUGCUGCCAAUAUUGAGAUGUUCGCUCUGGGGAUUGUGAACACAUCCGACCCGACGCAAGGAGAGUUUCUGCGAGAGCUCAACCUGAUAGCGUCAGACCCAGACAGCGAGCACAUGUUUCUCAUUGAUGAUUUCAACACCCUGCCAGCUCUGGAAUCCAAGCUGGUUAGCCAGUUUUGUGAGGACGAGAAUGGAGCCCUCAUUUACAACAAAAUAACAAACGGCUUCAACGGCUACAACGGCCACGGCACCAACAGCAACCAGAACGUCGUCAACGCAAAGUAUGCCGUCGGUGGUCACGGCUACAGGCCUCAUCCAGACAGCAGCACCGGCACGCACACCCAGGGAGGAGGCUCCGUGGUCACCCAGACGGGCAGCAGAGGAACCAGCACGGGGGGUGGGGGUCAGUUUGUCCACACAGACACAUCGAGGUGGAGCACUGAACGCGGUGACACAUUCAACCGUCAAGAUUCUCUAGACAGAGGCAGCUCUUCAUCUUCAUCAUCAUCAUCAUCAUCAUCCACUACAAACGUAACGAUAUCCUCCUCGGGUGGUUCAGUCCCGAUCGUGCCAGCUCCAAGGCCAGCUCUUCCCAAAGAGACGAUACCUUUAGACCCUCGCUGCAGCCUGGUGCUGGACCAGGGCACAUGCCGGGAUUACAUCAUCCGCUGGUAUUACGACAAACAGGCCAACGCCUGCGCACAGUUCUGGUUCGGAGGCUGCGGCGGCAACAGGAACCGCUUCGACACCGAGGAGGAGUGCAAGCGGACAUGUGUCAGAGUCGGCUCCACCGGGGGAUAA